AUGCAGCGAGCUUUGCCGCGUGGUGCACGCGCCAUAGCGCUGGCCACCCCCGUCUGCUUGGGUGCGUUCUAUGUGACGCAGCAAGCACGACAGAGCGACGAAGGCCCUUUGCCGUAUCGAUAUGCGCCGCUUCUGUUGGGAUCGACGAGCUUACUGCCGUGCCAAGCAGCUCGCGCAUUUGAGUCGGAUGAGCGUGCGAUGCAUCGUCAUUUGCACUUGGUGUCCAAGAAGCCACUGACACUGGGUCGCGACUGUAUCCCGUUUGCGAUUUACUCGUACUACAUCAAAGAACCCACUCUUCAAGUGGAGCGACCCUAUACGCCUCUGGCCAUACUGAGUCGGAGCGAUGCAUGCUCACUCGACAUGCUCAUCAAGCGCUACGCUGACGGAGAACUAUCUCGAUAUUUGCAUCGGCUGCGUCCGAAUGCUCCUGUGUAUGUUCGUGGCCCUGAAGUGACGUGGCAACUGCCAUCUCAUGCCAAGAUGCCGGACGAGAUUGUCAUGAUGGUAGGCGGCACAUGCGUCGCGGCUUCUCACCAGCUCUUGUCCAAUGUGCUUGAUACCCGUGAUCCGGCUACGUCACCUAGGCUCACAGUCUGGUAUGCAGCGUCUUCGCUGGAUGCAUUGCAGGCUGUGCCUGACAUGGUCCGCUACCUGAAGCAAUAUCCUGAGCAUGUGCAAUUGCGUUUGUGGGUGGAACGCAUGCCGCGGCAUUCACAGCAGGCCGACUUAUGUACAGCCACAGGCAUACCCGUUGGUGCACGAGUCCGACGGCUCGACACAGCUACAUGGCUUGGCCGCCUUUGGUCACGCCGGCCUGUGCAUGAAUUGGUGGUGGAUGGCGUAGCUGUGCCUGUACACAGUGGGCGUAUUUCUCUUGAGGAUAUCCAGACGCGACUUGCUCAUUCCGAGGUGUGGCGUCGUCUAGUGCUCGUGUGUGGCCCUGACGGGUUCGUGCAUGCACUCGCCGGUCCCAAGGCGCGCGAUCUACUAUCGCAGGGUCCGCUUGGUGGUAUGUUGCGAGCCUCUGGUUAUACAGAAGCAGAGGUAUUCAAGAUGUGA